AUGUUUGGUGUAAUCAAGUCUAUUCCUAGAGGUGCAAGUCGUUUACCAUUAACAUCAAAGAGAGGCCACAAUUAUUACAAAGGUACCGGCUCUGGUGCCAUGGGUAGACAUACAAAGAAAGGAGGAUAUAUCGUUGAUUGGAACAAAGUGCGCACAUUUGUUGUUCCAGACUUGGAAAACUUUAAUCUUGGACCUUAUGUAUCCCGUAAGACACCUUUCCUUUCAAAAUCCAAUACAGCUCAAUAA